CUGCUAGUGCACCCUUUCUCGACAUGCACUUCUAUUGCAGUUACUUUCCCCCCCUUCACUGCUGCCAUCAUUUUCGGACAUUAGGAACCUUUGCCAAUGUAUACAUGAUACUAUUUUCAUCCUUCAAAUUACAAAAUUGAGCAUACUCAUGGUCAUUUUAUGUGGUACAGCUCGCUUUUAGCGUUUAAGAAUGCACACAGGAAAACGAUUUUCUAUAACUGUCCGAAAUAUACCUCACGUUUAGACUCAACUCGAUGUUCUUGCGUCGUGUCCCCGUUUUGCAUUUAUUCCGUUCAUCGUAUGCAGUCAUGUGCACGUGUAAUUGCCUUUCUCGUCUUAGCAUUGAAACUGUCAGUGUCACUGUUACCUAAUUAUCACCCAAUUAUUUACCCUGUUCCACCCUUAUCGAUACUUUCCUUUUCUCAAGCGACACUAUGGCUAGCAAAACGAGCUAUCCUCGAAGUACAGAAUUUUAUUGGCAGUCGGUCAUUUUCCUGGUUGGAGGACAAUUGUACCAGGUUCCUCGUUAUCACUUCGAAAAAUCCUCUGAAAUUUUUGCGUCCAUGUUCACCUUACCUUCCGACACAAAGAACAAUGUAGCGAAUGGUUCGGAUGACGACCACCCCAUCGAGCUACAGGGUGUGGAAAGCAAAGACUUCGAAUGUCUUCUGAGAGUCUUAUUGACGGAAGCAAGACUAGAAAACACACCCUUGCUUCCUGAACAGUGGCUUUCAGUGCUGCGCCUGGCCAACAUGUGGGUCAUGUCAAAAGUCCGUCAAAUUGCUAUCUACGAGCUCAAAAAACUUUCCAUGACCGACGUCGCCAGAGUCGUGUAUGGUAAAGAACUUGCGGUGCCGGACUGGGUCAUUUCGGGCUAUCGCGAUCUGGUUGACCGCAGAAAUGCCGUUUCCGAGGCAGAAGCUCAGCAGCUCGGUUUAACCACCACCCUUCAGCUAUGGCAGGUUCAGAUGAAGCUCGUCACCCGCAUGCCGAUGGGCGCAAUGGGUUAUUCUUAUGGAUACAGGCCACCCCCGACUCCCCGCGAUGUGUUCUUGAAUGAGGUGUUUGAAGCUGAGAUUGAAGAUAUCAAUAGAAGGGCAGCAGCGUUCGGAGACGAAGUUCCCCUCCCAACUCUUUUGUCGUAG